AUGGGUGAUGGUGACUCUCCCGUGUGUCUCUCUGUCAUCUCAUUGCAGGGAAUGAGGAGCUGGCUGGACAAACUGUUCCUCUGGGCUCUUAUUCCUUCCAUCACACUUCAAAACGCCGCAGUGGAUUGUAGGAGAGUGGAAAUCAAUGAUUUACCUUCUCCAAAUCUGAACUCAAGUUUAAAUGUGGUCAGGAUGGGCCAAAAUGUAUCUCUGUCUUGUUCCACCAAGAACACAUCAGUAGACAUCACCUAUUCGCUCUUUUUGGGUAUGAAAAACCUAGAAAGCAAGAAAAGAAAAGGGGGAACUGUGGAUUUCUACCUGAGGAUCUCCAAUACCAACGAGACAGGCCCCUACAAAUGCAAAAUCACUGUUUCUAACUUAUCGAAAUACAGUCCAGAUUUCAACUUCACAAUCGCUGAAUUACCUUCUCCAAAUCUGAACUCGAGUUUGAAUGUGGUCAGGAUGGGCCAAAAUGUAUCUCUGUCUUGUUCCACCAAGAACACAUCAGUAGACAUCACCUAUUCGCUCUUUUUGGGUAUGAAACACCUAGAAAGCAAGAGAAGAAGAGGGGGAACUGUGGAUUUCUACCUGAGGAUCUCCAAUACCAACGAGACAGGCCCCUACAAAUGCAAAACCAACAUUUCCAACUUGUCGAAAUACAGUCCAGAUUUCAACUUCACAAUUGCUGAAGAUGAAAGCUGCCCUUCAUGCCGGCUGUCACUGUUGCUCUCUGGGGUGUUACUGGGGCUACUGGUAAUAUUCCUAGUUCUGGCUUUUUUGAUUCAUCUAAAAUACAAAAAAGGAAAGACUCUGAGAGAGAGUGAGUCCAAGGAUUCUGGAGAUGGGCCCAGGCAAAGUGAGCUGUAUGCAAACAUCUGCGAAACUCCAACAGGGGCAGAACAACCCCAGGAGAUACAAUAUGCCAUUCCAGUCUUCAAGGAGGCAGCACCCAUGGAACAUGAAGGCGGUGUGGAUAGAAAAGCUGACUACACUUAUUCUGAACUCAUCUACUAAAGUGCGAAGAAACUGAGUGUAUCCCAAUGUAAAAGACUUUCUAGUAAGCUGAUGUGUGUGGAGAAACAGGAAAUUUACAUGGCACUUCAAAGUUUCAUCCUAGGCUGGGGCAGGAGGAUCCUGAGUUCGAGGCCAGCUGGGACUACAUAGCAAGACCCGUCUUAAAACACAAAAUCUAAAAAGAUUUAACCUGGCCACCUAAAGAGAAUGUAUUUUUCACAUCUGGACACUAUUCCUUUGGCUAAUUUGGGCAGCUAAUCUUGUCAUCAAAGUGGCCAGGCUUGAUAAGAGUUUUGUAGCUUUCCACCUUCUCCCUUUC